AUGUUGUGGAAUCGGACCCGCGAGCGAAUUUUGCUGCUAUUGUUGUUGAUCGGAAUUGGGCUGUGUGCAAGAGGAGAAGAAAACAUCGGUGAAGAAAGCAGCCCUACUGAAACAACUAAAACAAAUUGCUCCUGGCUCUCCGAUCCUUUCAACGUUACCGAUAAGACUGGAAAAGUGACAUUUGCAUACAAUGGAUCGUGCUGCUCAAAUGUUGCUGCAGAAAUGUUAGAAAACAGUUCUUACCAAAAAGAAAUUGAAAGUAAUCAAAACUUGUUGGAACGAAUGACUGAAUAUAACUUGUCAAAAGAUAAAAUAAUUAACACUAUUAUUGAUGCGAAGCAGAGUGCACUGGUCAAACUAUUGUACUGCAUUGAAGACGCCUGCCCUGCAAUGGAUCUAGUUUGGGAUAACUGCUCAGAAACUACUACUUCCUCCUCUACCACAGAAACAACGACAAGUCCAGUUACGACCACAAAAAAAUUGGAGUGUUAUUGGCUUGAUGAGCCUUUCAUUAGUUAUUACCCAGUGGGACCAGACAGCAUGGUAAAUGUAAUUUAUACUGGUGGUUGUUGUACUGAAACGGCGAAAUCAGCAUUGGAAAAUGGUCUUCCGGAUCAUUUACACCUGGAAUCUUACCAGGAAGACUAUAAAGCAGAAGCACUGUAUAAUUACUUGUUUUGCAUCCAAGACGCAUGUCCUUACAUGACCCCAAUAUGGACCAAUUGCUCAGAACUGACAACAACGACAACAAAAGCUCAAACGACACCGACAACAACCGAAUCGACAACAGUCACAUCUGAAGUAACGACUACAAAGAAGAACCGAGAAGAACCUGUGAAGGACCUAUCGGAAAACACUACAACCACAUCUACAUCGACGACCAGUGAAGCGGAAACCUCGACGGAGAAGAAGAUGACACAGAAGACUGAAAAUAAUGGAGGCCCUUCUAAUGACAAUGAGCUGACAACAAAAUCGACUACCUUGGAAUCAACUACUGAUAAGACUACCACGACAAUAAAUCUUGGAGAUCUCUUGAGCGGUUUCUCAAGCAAAACUGACAAGACCUCAACCAUAUCUAGCACCUCAUCAAUUCAAACAACUACUACUGCUGGAUCCUCUUCAACUACUACAAAUGAAGCACCAAAGAAAGAAGAGCCUAUCGAGAAUGAGGUCACAAAAGAGCAUGAGGAGUCAACAACAACAUCGACAACAUCAAAAGUCACCACUACAGAACUCAAGGAAUCUUCAACUGCAACAACUAGUGUGACGGAAGAUUCCACUGUGACAUCAACCGCUGUCAAACAAGAAGACACGUCUACCACUGUGAGCAAGACGAGCCCUUCUUCCAACGAGCCUGAGACAACAACGGAAAAAGAAACCCCUGCAACAACUACUGAUGCUGAUACCGAGGCAACUGUCUCAACCACCUCCGAUGACUCUGAAACUUCUAAAGAUCCUUCUGAUGACUUUGAAGAGACUAGUGAAAGCACAACACUCUCGGAAACAUCCGAAUCGUCCUGGUCUACUGAAAGCUUCACAACUCCUCUGAUCAAUCUGAUCAGUAGUUUGACUGGCUCCACUGUGACCUCUUCAUCCCCUAAAACAACUGAAGUUUCGAUGGAUUCUGAUGAAACUGAAUCUCCGAAGUCUUCUGGAAUGACAGCUGGUUCAACAAGUUCCGGAAGUGAAAGCCAAUCAACAGAUCCUGCUACAUUGACCACAUCUGGAACUCAUAAAACAGGAACAACUUCAAGUUCCACUGUGUCCUCUUCGUCUUCAAAAACAACUGAAGUGCCGAUGGAAUCUGAAGGAACGGAAAGUUCUGCGUCCUCAGGAAUGACAGCUGCUUCAACAACUCCUGAAAGUGAGAACCAAUCUGGAACUCAUGUUUCAAGCACAACGCCAAGACAAGAUUCUAGUUCAACUGUUUCCUCUUCGUCUGACAAAACGACAACGGGUUCUGACCAAACGGAACGCUCCACAUCCUCAGGAAUGUCAGCUGAUACAACAAGCUCUGACCAAUCAACAGAUCCAACCGCGAAGACCACACCCGACACUUCUGAAACCGGCUCAUUUGAGACACCGACCACUUCUGAAUCUGGCAGGACCCAUGCAACUGGAACAUCUGCUGAUGUGACGACAACGACUGACUCCUCCACACCUUCCACUCAUUCUGAAUCUGAAACUGCAAUUGGUUCCACUGGAACGACGUCGAUAGAAACCGUCACUGGACCAACCAAAUCGAUAUCAACGGAGACGCCAACAACAACAAACUCUGGUAGUGAAGCAGUCGGUUCUGGCGAACCGGACACUUCCGCAACUGAUGGAGCCACAGUAACCGGAAAAUCGACACCGUCUACUUCAACCAGUACUACUCAAGGAACUGGUACUGUCACGACUGGAAAAACGGAGGGAUCUGGAUCAACGAGCACUGCUUAUCCGAAACCGACCAUCAGCGGACAUAUCAUCGACUACACCGGGACUAUGGAAACCACUCCAACAGCGAAAACGUCUGAAUCGACCUCUGGGGCAACUGGAAAAGAUGAUUCCAGCUCCAUGGGCUCCUCCACAAAAUCCUCAAGUAACUCUACAACGACUAAACCGACUCAAGAAACUGGAUCACCAUCUGGUCAUACGACAUCUGCAAACAUAGUAACUACUGAUUCCUCCAAAACUUCCUCAACUUCAAAGAAACCGGAAACAGGAACAAGUUCUGGAGGGUCGCCAACUACUACCAAACCAUCUGGAUCUAACUCAACUAGUGGAACAAAUGGAACUACCAAAUCCUCAAGUUCGGUGAAGACGUCUACAACUGCUCCGUCAAACAAUGGAACCACAAAAGGAGCUGAAGCAAGCAAACCUGAUGGAACGAAGACGACUACAGCCAAAUCAACAAAAGCUUCGAGCACUUCUGAAAAGUCGAAAACGCCAGAUUCCCAAAAGGUGUCCACCAAGACAAACACAAACUCUCCAGUUUCUUCUUCUACUUCGGUUACCACCUCGACUACGACAUCGACUCCACCCCCAACAUCAGCCACCUGUCCGAUGCCCGACAUUGACCGACGCUUUACGAACCGACCCACCGAUGCCGAGCUGAAACCGUUUUACGCACCUGGAGAGCGAGUCAUUCAUCUCUGCAUCAAAUAUUAUAAAAUGGAGUGGGCCGGUCAACCUCUCAGAAUCUAUCAAUGUGGAGAGGAUGGGAAAUGGAUUGGAACGUUCCAGCGGUGUGUUCGUAAGUUGAGAGUUGGGAGUUUGAGCAAUGAUAGUAUUGAUUUCAGCGGAUGUGCCUUCACCAAAAAAGGAGUUGUAAGCAGGAAAGGACUCGGAUAA